AUGGCUGACAGCCCAUCGGACAAGCAGAGCACCGACGGGGUGGAGAAUGAUCAGAUCCCACCACCUGCAGCGGAGUCCCAGGAUCCCCCUGCAGCGGAGGUAGAUGAUAAUACCCAAGACGAGGCUGCUGCAGUAGACGACGAAGACCACGAGCGCUUAAAGAGCUACCUGCGCGGCAUUGUGGAUCAAUACUCUGCCAUCAGUGAGGAAGAACGAUUAGCUUUGGUCGAACAGUCAACCAUAACAUCCUCGAGCCACGAAGACCAGGUACCGUCGUCCAACAGCGAAGAGGAAAAACAAGAAGCAACGACUUUGCCUCAGCAUGCCGCCGAACGACCGCCACAAGAAGAAGACAAGACAGAGCCAUCCUCGGAACCAACAAGUAGUGGGACCCAGAGAAAGCGACCUAGACGAGCAAGCUUAAAGAUGGAUAGUGAGGAGGAAGAGGAUAAGAAGCCCAGAGCAGUUGGACCAGCCAAAGGGUCUGGUUCAGCAAAGAGCAGAAGAAUAGGCAAGGAAGAAAUAAAGCGGAGAGAGGAAGAGCUGGAAGCAAGCUUGCAGAAACGAGCAUCGGCAUCUGCGGAACUAGGCUUAGUUUCGAACUUUAGCAGGGGACAGAGAAAGAGAAAGGGCAGUGAGCCGGUGGGAGCAUCUGCCGGGAAGAAGAAAGAAGCGGCCAAGCAGGAAGCCCUUGAUCCACAGCUUGAGGAGAAGCGACUAAGAGAACGCCUGAAUGGGAGACGGAAACGGGCCAAGAAGAUCAUUGUGAUAGAUUGCCUCAAUGAACAGUACCAUAACCUCACCGAUGAGAACGACAGACUCAAGAAGGAGAACGCAGAGAUACGGGGGAAAAUUGAAAGGGUUCGGGGAAUCAUCCAAGAAAAGCAGCAAAAGGAGCACCAGAGAGCUUUCCAGCAGCAGCAGCAGCAGCAGCUCCACCAACAACAGCAACAACAGCUGGGAACAGCCAUGGUGUCUAUGCCUAGUCCAAUGAUGAGCGCCGCCAUGCCAGCGCCUGCAACCAGAAUUCCUUCCGCACCUCCUCCUCCGGUUCCUCAGGCUCUCAACCCAGCUACCCCAGUGCCGGCAGCUCCCGCAAACACGUUCGAACAACUGCAGCAGAUGCUUGCCCUGCAGCAGACUCUUCAACCGCCGCAGACUCUUCAACCGCCGCAGCAAGUCCAGCAGCAAGUUGCAACGCAACAGCCUCCGCAAAUGCAGUUUGCCCCACCAGAUCAAAUGCAGGCGUUUAUGCAGCUGUUCACAGGCGCUGGUCCGCAGAUCGCUCAAAUGAUGCAACAGGCCCAACAAGCUCAGCAAGCGCAACAGGCCCAACAAGCGCAACAGGCCCAACAACAGCAGCAAGCCCUCGUCAAUGCCAUGCAGCAACUGCUUCCAAUGUUCAUGGCGCCUCAGACGCAGAACCCUGCUCUGCAACCGAACGGAAACGCCUUUGCGGCUCUCGCAUCCGCCCCCAACCUAACAAACACGUUGGCGGCGGCUUUUGGAUCAGCCAUAACAGCAGCCAUGGCUCCAAUGAUGCAGAUGGGUCCUCAACCUGGAGCGCCGGCUCCGAAUCUAGCCAUGGCGCAGCAUAUCCUUCAGGCUGUUGGCGGUGGUCAACAAGUAACACAACAACAACAACAACAACAACAACUUACACAGCAACAGCAAGUUACACAGCAACAACAAGCACCCGUCCAGCAACAUCUGUUACUAAUGCAACAACAGCCUACUCCUCCUGCUUCCACAGGCCAACAGCAGCACCUCCAGAGCUUUGCUCAACAGCCUGCUCCAGCUCCACCUGCUGCAGGCCAACCAAUGAACCCAGCUCAGUUCUUUGCACAACAACAUCUUCUCCAGAACUUUAUGCAGCAACCAGUGCAGCCUGCCCAAAUGCAACCACCGCCUCCUGGACAAAUGCAGCCAAUGCCUCCUGGACAAAUGCAACUAAUGCCGGCAUACCCUGGGCAACCAUCCAUGCCAAUGCAACCCCCGGUAGCUCCUCCACCGGGACAGCCAAUGCCAGCGCAACUGCAGCCCCUUGAUCGGCAAGCCAUGGCACAAUACUUGCAGCAACAACAGCAACAGUUUCAUAUCCAGGUUCCACAGUUCCAUGCACAGGGACAGGGACCUCCUUUGCCUUCCGCAGCAGGAACGCUAUCUGGAGCUUUCAUGGCUGUCCAAGGAGGACAGAUGCAACCACCACAAGGAGACAGUAGACCACCAGGGCAUGGGCCUCCGGGUUGA